ACUUCCCAUACAAAAAAACAAAGUAUCUCUUCUCCCUUCUUAAAACAACACUUCCCUGCUAAAAGCCAAAUCUCACUUCACCACUCUCUUCUCUCUGUCACUUUCCCUGCAAAACUUCAAUUUCCAAAACAGAAAGUGAGGAGCAGAGUUGUUUUUUUCUAUGGGGGACCCGCUAGAGAGAUUGGGAUCGGAGACUGAGGUCGCAGGCCUUGAAACGAAAUUGAAAGAGGACCUCUGCAUGGAGAUCGACCCGCCAUUCAAAGAAAACGUUGCCACCGCAGAAGACUGGCGGAGGGCUCUCAAUAAGGUGGUCCCCGCCGUGGUUGUAUUACGGACAACUGCUUGCCGCGCUUUCGAUACUGAGUCGGCUGGUGCUAGUUAUGCUACCGGUUUUGUUGUUGAUAAGCGUCGUGGGAUUAUUCUCACUAAUCGACAUGUCGUAAAGCCUGGACCUGUAGUCGCAGAGGCAAUGUUCCUAAACCAUGAAGAAAUUCCAGUACAUCCUGUGUAUAGAGAUCCUGUUCAUGAUUUUGGCUUCUUUCAAUAUGAUCCUAGUGCAAUUCAAUUUUUAACCUAUGAGGAGAUUCCUCUUGCUCCUGAGGCAGCUUGUGUUGGACUUGAUAUCAGGGUCGUCGGUAAUGAUAGUGGUGAAAAGGUUUCUAUUUUGGCUGGUACUCUUGCUCGUCUGGAUAGGGAUGCUCCGCAUUACAAAAAGGAUGGGUAUAAUGACUUCAAUACAUUCUACAUGCAAGCUGCAUCUGGUACUAAAGGUGGUUCGAGUGGCUCCCCAGUGAUUGAUUGGCAAGGCAGGGCAGUGGCCUUGAACGCUGGCAGCAAGUCUUCUAGUGCUUCUGCAUUUUUCUUACCUUUAGAACGUGUUGUAAGGGCUCUAAGAUUUCUGCAGAAGGGGAGAGAUUCUUAUGCAAAUAAAUGGGCAGCUGUAACUAUACCUCGUGGUACGCUUCAGGUGACAUUUCUCCACAAAGGAUUUGAUGAGAUACGCCGACUUGGUCUCCAAAGUGAAACUGAGCAGAUGGUACGGCAUGCAUCUCCACCAGGGGAAACUGGAAUGCUCGUAGUUGACUCUGUGGUACCAGGUGGCCCCGCUCAUACACAGUUGGAGCCAGGUGAUGUGCUUGUUCGAGUGAAUGGUGAAGUAACUACACAAUUUCUUAAGCUGGAGAGUUUGCUUGAUGACUAUGUUGACCAGAAGAUUGAGUUACAGAUUGAAAGGGGUGGCACUUCCUUGACCGUCAAUUUGGUGGUUCAGGAUUUGCAUUCAAUAACUCCUGACUAUUUCUUAGAAGUAAGCGGUGCUGUGAUACACCCUUUGUCUUACCAACAGGCUAGAAAUUUUCGUUUCCAAUGCGGCCUGGUGUACGUUGCGGAACCUGGAUAUAUGCUAUUUCGAGCUGGAGUUCCUCGCCAUGCAAUCAUUAAGAAGUUUGCUGGUGAGGAGAUAUCACGGCUUGAUGAACUAAUUUCUGUUCUCUCUAAGCUGUCCAGGGGUGCUAGAGUUCCAUUAGAAUAUGUUAGCUACACAGAUCGUUAUCGAAGUAAGUCUGUCCUUGUUACAGUCGAUCGCCAUGAAUGGUAUGCCCCUCCACAGAUAUACACUCGUGAUGACAGUUCUGGUUUGUGGACGGCAAAGCCUGCCUUUCAACUUGAGUCACUGCAAGUUUCAUCUCAUGCUAAUGAUAUGGCACAGGGCCCAACUAGCCAAACUAUUUUGCUGAGUGGAGGGGCAACUCAUAUGGAACAUGUAAAUCAAGGUGAUAACCCAGAAUUGACUGACGGUGUUACCAGUAUGGAAACCAGUUUUGAACAUUCUUCUGUGGAACCACAUUCUCGGGAUGAAUCUGAUGUAGGAACAAAGAAGCGGAGGGUAUCAGAUUUAUCUGCCAAUGGAAUUGCUGUUGCUGACUCUUCCUUACAGAUUGAAAGUACAGAAGUGAGGUUGGAUAAUCCAAGGACCGUGGAAGAUGAAGUUUUAAGAGACUAUCAAGGUGCAACGGCAGCAGCAGCUAAUGCAUCACUUGCAGAGAGUGUGAUAGAACCCACUCUUGUAAUGUUUGAGGUUCAUGUUCCACCAUCAAUUAUGCUUGAUGGUGUCCAUUCACAACAUUUUUUUGGUACUGGUGUUGUUAUUUAUCAUUCUCAAGAUAUGGGAUUGGUUGCAGUUGAUAGGAAUACGGUUGCAAUAUCCGCAUCAGAUGUGAUGCUGUCAUUUGCUGCAUUUCCAAUUGAAAUUCCAGGGGAGGUGGUUUUUCUUCAUCCCGUUCAUAAUUUUGCUCUUAUUGCUUAUGACCCCUCGGCCCUUGGAGCUGUUGGUGCCUCAAUGGUUCGAGCUGCUGAAUUGCUUCCUGAGCCGACAUUACGUCGUGGGGAUUCGGUCUAUCUUGUGGGUUUAAGUAGAAGCCUACAAGCAACAUCAAGAAAAUCGAUUGUUACCAACCCUUGUGCUGCUUUGAAUAUUGGCUCAGCUGAUUGUCCUCGUUAUAGAGCAACAAAUAUGGAAGUCAUAGAACUUGAUACUGACUUUGGGAGCACAUUUUCGGGAGUGCUAACUGAUGAGCAUGGAAGGGUUCAAGCAAUCUGGGGAAGCUUUUCAACUCAGUUGAAAUACGGUUGCAAUACCUCAGAAGAUCAUCAAUUUGUUAGAGGCAUCCCUAUUUAUAAAAUCAGCCAAGUUCUUGACAAAAUUGUACGUGGUGCAAAUGGACUACCUCUUCUCAUUAAUGGUGUCAGAAGGCCAAUGCCACUUGUCAGGAUUUUGGAGGUUGAGCUUUAUCCUACUUUGCUUUCAAAGGCUAGGAGUUUUGGUUUGAGUGAUGAUUGGGUCCAGGCUCUUGUCAAGAAAGAUCCAAUUAGACGACAAGUUUUACGUGUUAAAGGAUGUUUGGCUGGAUCAAAAGCUGAAAACCUAUUAGAACAAGGGGAUAUGGUUUUGGCAGUCAACAAAGAGCCUGUUACUUGCUUCCGAGACAUAGAAAAUGCUUGCCAAGCUUUAGAUGAGAGUGGUGGCCAUGAAGGGAAUCUUAACAUGACCAUUUUUCGACAGGGACGUGAAAUUGAUCUUCUUGUAGGAACAGAUGUUAGGGAUGGGAAUGGUACAACACGUGUAAUAAAUUGGUGUGGUUGCAUUGUUCAGGAUCCUCAUCCAGCAGUCCGUGCUCUUGGAUUUCUUCCUGAAGAAGGUCAUGGUGUAUACGUGGCUAGGUGGUGUCAUGGAAGCCCUGUACACAGAUAUUGUCUAUAUGCUCUUCAAUGGAUUGUUGAAAUUAAUGGAAAACCAACACCUGAUUUAGAUGCUUUUAUUAAUGUGACAAAGGAAUUGGGGCAUGGUGAGUUCGUCAGAGUAAGAACUGUCCACCUUAAUGGGAAGCCUCGAGUGUUGACAUUGAAGCAAGAUCUGCAUUACUGGCCUACAUGGGAAUUGAGAUUUGACCCCAAUACUGCAAUGUGGAGUAGACAAACGAUCAAGGAAUUGGAUAAAUAAAAAAGGAGUCUGUGCACAUACACUUUACUUUAGGAAGGAGAAGGAAUAACAAAUCAUGUAAAGGCUAUUGGUAAUGGGUGUAUAUCAUAUUAGUUUUUACAUUUAAAAAUAUAAUGACCACUUAUUAGCAAAACUCCUAUAUUUUGAAUUGAAUAAGGGAAAAUUAUAAUGUUUUAGGCCUUUAUCUAUUA